GUAAGAGUUAAAUACAUUUUACAUGAUUAUUAACAUUGUAUAAAUUAUCUGACUCUUGCCGUAUCCUGAUUCAUGUCACCGCAAAACCAAAGCAUUCAUCACUCAUGGGGGAAUUCAUGGCAUAUAUGAGGCCAUAUAUCAUGGUGUUCUGAUGAUCAGGAUCCUCUUGUUUGCAGACCAGACAGAUAACUUGGUCCAUAUAAAGGCCAAGUGGGCUGCUGUUGUAAUGGACUUUAACAGAAUGCAGACUCAAAACCUGGUGGAUGGACUAAAUGCUGUCAUUAACAACCCCUCGUAUAAAGAGAAUGCCAUGCGUUUGUCCAGGACUCAUCAUGACAGACCAAGGAAACCAUUGGAUGAGGCAGUGUUCUGGAUAGAGUUUAUCAUGCGUAAUAAGGGUGCUAAACACCUGCGUGUGGAGGCCCAUAGCCUUACCUGGUACCAGUACCACUGUCUGGAUGUGUUCGCUUUUCUCAUCACUAUAGUGACUGUAGUCCUCUACAUCUUCUAUAAAAUGUGUAAAUACUUCAUAAUGCGUUGCUGUUUUAGAUCAAAGCAUAAAAGCAAAAAAGAGUGAGAAGACUUCAUUGCACUAAACAUUUUGUCUCUCCACCCCUGUGACAUAUGUUUAUCAAAACCUUUUCAAUUGAAAUAAGGUAAAAAUGCUGAGAAAAUAUAAACACUUUGACAUGAGCCCUAACUUUAAUUCAUUUUAACACUACUGUUCCAAACCAGAUGUGA